GGACUAACCCCGGACAAAGCUCCGGACCUCCGUCUUCUGUGUUUGUACAGGUCCGACUAGCGGGAUUUUUUGAUAGCAACAGUUCCAAAUAGAACUUAUGUGCUUGAUCAAUAUAUGAUCGUUUAUCGUCAGAUUCUCCCAAUCCUUACAUGACUUGGUUGGGCGCCCGAUUAAUUGGUGAGGAUCUUGUCAGUGAAAAAGCCUCCCCACUCUCUUAAGACAAUUCUGUCACGUUGCUAGGUGAUACGACUAGAGUCCCCGAGUCCUCUUUCUUCCCCCAGGACCUCCAGCAUCUCUGGCCGACUAUCUGGGCACCAGUUCCAUUUGACCCCUCCUCCCCCUGAUUAAUUUGUUGUUCUGAUGGAGAAAAGGUUCUCGCUCCUCCAAACAGUUGCUGCAGCUGGAGUAUUCUCUGCUGUUUCCUGCUGGUAUGGGUUCAUGUUUGGAAGGGAAUCUGCUCGGAAAGAACUCGGCGUCCUGAUUGAAGAACUGCGUCGUGGAGAUCCCAAAACGGACACUCCUCACGAUUCCUGAAUCUCCCUACCAGCGGAAAAAGCUCUUCUUUUGGAAUGCUGGUGUAAUGAAGCUUUAACUGUAAAAGUUAAGGAGUAGGAGCAUUCAAGAAUUUAUUCUGCUUAUGUAAAACCUGUAAGAGUGUUUUUAGCAUUUGACCAUUGUUUGGGUUUUUUUUUCCUUGUCUUCAAUCUACGCAGAGGUAACUCUAAUUAAAUUACUUCAAAUUGUUUGAGGGUUGGCAUUGAAAGUUCUUAAAGAUGUAUUGAUUCUUGAGACUUAUUCUCAUAUUGUUGUCCUUAGUUUGAAUGAAAGUACAGGAUGUGGCAAUCAACUAGAUGAUGUACUUAUUGCUUGGUUUUCUAUUGAAGUUUUGGCUAACAAUAACAAAUAUGAAGGAAGAAGUCUUGAUAGAAUGCAGUGUUACAAGGAAUUAUCUCCUUCACAAUGUUUUAUUCUUUUUCUCCUCUUCGCAAUAUUUUAUUUUUGUGUCAGUUUAAUCUCUAUUGGAUAAUUCUUAUUCCUGUCCCACAUGGGCCGAAUUUUAUUGCUCACAUUCAGAUCCUUUGAAUCGAUAUGCAGAUAUUGAUGAGGUAUUGGGCUUUUCUUGAAAAGUGAGUAUAAAACUAGGGUCUAAGAGCUGGUGAAGGACCUUAUUUACUUGUUAAAAAUUUCUGGAAUAAGAUCUCAUGGGGAGCUAAAGUUUAUACAGUCUGGUCGGGUUGAAGCUGAUAAUAAAUUGGGUUAGGGCUGAACUGCCGUGAUUAAUUUAUGGGAUUGAAGUAGUCUAGAAAUAUUGUUGCAAUGGGAAAUUUAAUUGGACUAUGGUAGGUGUGUAACAAGAUCUAGUGUUCAAGUUUUGUAGCACUUGAGAGAACCAUGAGCAACUGUCCAGCAUUAACAGAACAGCAUUGGAGCAUUAAUGGCAUUGAAAAAUGGUUACUGAUACUGAAGUUCCUGUUAGGUAUCUGAGAAGGUAGAGUUGAAUCACAGCUAAAAGAUAAAAAAAUCUGGAACAGUGGUAUCAAUCUGUCUUCUGUUGUUGAAGUUGUGGUUUAAAUAGAACAAGGAAAAGAAUUCAAAAGUGCUUUCUUUUAUCAAGCUCAUGGCUCUCUUAAAUUUAUUUCCAAUAUCUCGUAUGGGCGUAUAUUUUUAUGAAAAUACCCUUUGGUGAUUCCUGACAUUGAACACAUUUAUGGAAAGAUUAAAAAUUUCCAUUGACAUGUCCACAGGUUUCCUCAAAUCGCUCUUAUCUGCUACUAAAGUUUUGUAACUUUUAGUAUGAAUUAGUUACUAGCAAAGCAUUAGGCCGAAGCUCUUGUAUCAGGUUCUGAAUAAGCACUCUGAAGUAGGCAUGAGGGGAUAACUUGAAUGAUGCAGGUCACAGGCAUUCAUAAGGGGCCCUUAAGUGGCUGAAUGAUCUGGCUGGAGAAAACCCAUGAUUUACUGCUUUGGAUGGGUUCGAUAUCAAAGUAUAACUGCAUGUUUUACACACAUUUACAGAUACUCCAAAGGAGCUUUGUCUUGAUCUUUUGUCUUGACAUGCUCCAUCAUAAUGUCUCAAGUGAUCCCGUUUCCACACUUAACAUUGUAACUGUCAUUAAUGAAUUAUUAAAUCGGUUGAUGAACCCUUGCAUCCUACUCUUUCAAGUUCCUUCUAUUUAGUGUGAACUGUAAUUUCUAUAAUGUUUUAAAAAAGAGUGACUAAAUUUUGGUCUUGAGAUGUCACCAUAUAUCGCUUAAAACUCGUAUUAUUUUCCUAUAUUUGACAAUAUACAAUAUGUUGCUCA